AAUUCAUUCUAAAAUUAUUAAGAAAAGUAAAAAUGACCUUAUACUUACGCGGUAUUCUCUGUAGCCUAACAACAAAUUCAACGCUUAUAAAUCUUCUUAUACUGUGCAACCUGUAAGUGAUAUUUAAAUACUCCAUUAAAUCAUUCGUUGCCCUCUGUCUCUAAGCAGCAGCGAUGGAAGCAACAAUCAGCCAAGAAACAUCGCCGCAGCCACCACUGCGAGGGUUUUUCUUCCCCUUGCUAAGCCCAGGCCACAUGAUCCCUCUAAUCGACAUCGCCAAGCUACUCUCCCGCCGCGGCGUCUCCGCCACCAUCGUCACCACCACUGGCAACGAGCCCCUCGCCCGCCCCGCCAUCGAUCGCGCCAACUCAUACUCCUCUCUCACCGCCGCCCUCCCAAUCGAGCUCAUCCUCCUCCCUUUCCCUCCCUCUGCAGCCGAACUCCUCCAAUCGCACAAUCGUGAAAAUCUCACUAACCUCCCGCCCUCCGAUUUCAGCCACCUCUUCACCGCCAUCGCCGCCCUACGCCCUUCCCUCCAAGACCUCCUCCGCCGCCAAGGCGCCGACUUUCUCAUCUCCGACGCCGUCCACAUCUGGACCGCUGAUAUGGCUGUCGAGCUCGGCAUCCCACACAUAGUCUUCAGCGGCCAUGGUGCCUUCCCGAUCUGCGUCCACGAGAGCCUCGCCCUCAUGAACCCUCUCGAGCGCUUCUCCGACGAUGACACGUCUCCAAUUAUCCUCGACGAUCUCCCAAACAACAUCGAGUUAACCAAACCGGAGAUUUCCGAAAUCUUCAAUGUCCCACCGAUGCUUCACUUGAUGAAACAGGCGGAGGAGAAGAGCUUCGGCAUGGUGGUGAAUUCUUUUUACGAACUGGAACCGGCUUAUGCGGAUAUUUUCCGCCGCGGCCGGGCGGGUCGUGGGGCGUGGCUCGUCGGUCCGGUGUCGUUAUCUAAUGCGGCGGAUGAUCAAAUCGGUCAGGCGGACCGUGGGAGCCGGGCACACCCGGAUACGGACCGGUUGAUGAGAUGGCUAGACGCGCAGCCGGCUCGGUCCGUGGUUUACGCCUGCUUCGGGAGCCUGUGCCAGCUCGACGGUGCGCAGAUGCGGGAGACGGCGAUCGGGCUGGAGAAAAGCGGGCAACGGUUUAUAUGGGCUGUUAGGGACUGGCAAGGGGCGGCGGCAGAACAGUCAGAGUGGCUGCCGGAGGGGUUUGAGGAGAGGGUGGAGGGGAAGGGAUGGGUGGUGAGGGGAUGGGCCCCGCAGGUGGCGAUACUUGGACACGUGGCGGUGGGUGCUUUUGUGACGCAUUGCGGGUGGAACUCGACGCUUGAAGGUGUAUCGGCGGGGGUUCCGUUGGUUGCGUGGCCGUUGAUGUACGAGCAGUUUGUGAACGAGAGGUUGAUUACGGAUGUGCUGAGGGUGGGGGUGAGGGUGAGGAAGGGAGCGACGACGGCGACGGCAGAUGAGGUGGCGGUGGCGGUGGGGAGAGUGAUGGGUGAUGGUGAGGAGGCGGAGGGUUUUCGAAGUCGAGCGAAGGAGUUGGCGGCGUCGGCGUGGCGGGCUAUGGAGGUGGGCGGGUCUUCCUAUGAGGACGUUGGGCGGAUGGUGGAGGAAUUGAAAGCCCAAGUCAGGCGUGAAUCAGCAAGACGAAAAAAUUAAUGAGAUGGGAAACAUCAUGGUUUAACUAUCAUAUUAAUUAAGUAAAAAAAAAGGCAAAUCGUUAUCCAUUGAGCAAUGCAAUUAUGACUUGAGCAGAUUGCCUGCCAAUCCUUUUACCUUUAUAAGAAUUUUUGAAUUGUCAUUGAUGUUUUUGAUCAUAAUUUUUGAAAUUGUAGAAGGGGAUUAGAUGCUUCAUGAUGAUUAUUACUAUUUUUAACUUCUUA